AUGGGGAUUAAUAAUCCCCUUAAACAAUUAAAGGUGCUUAGAAGAUUUGAUGCUUGUGGUGUUGAUGUUAUCUGUGUGAUGGAAUCUCGCAUUAAAAGAGUUAAUUCUGAUAGGUUUUCUAAUGCAUUGGCUGGUGACUGGAACUUUGCUGAGAACUAUGAUUUUGUUGAGGGAGGUAGGUUAUGGAUCUUUUGGAGAAAGCAUUUGUUGUUCACUGUUUUGAGAUGUUGUGAUCAAGCUAUUACUAUUAUUGGGGCUGUUGAUGGGCACAUGACAACUAUUAUUGCUAUCUAUGGCAGUGGGGAUUUCAACAUCAUUGCCAAACUUGAGGAGAGUUCUGACUUUGAUGUCAUGGGAGUCCAUUGCACCCCUGACAUAAAGGACUUCCAGGAGUGUUUGGAGGGCCUAUACCUUAUUGAUCAUCCUUUUCUUAGGCCUUUAUUCACCUUGUCCAAUAAGCAAGAUGACUCUUACUUAGCCCGCAAACUUGACAGAAUUUUAGUCAACGAUCAAUGGUUGUUGGAUUUCCUAGACUCUUUUGUAGAAUACAAAGCCAGGGGGAGUCAAUGUGCAGGAUCUGCUAUGAGCUAUUUUUUUAAUAAGUUGAGAAGGCUUAAGCCUCUCCUUAAAGAGCUUAACAAUGAGUUUUUCUGUGACAUCUCUGGUAGAGUCAGAGCUAAAAGGUCUGAAUGGGAGCAGAUCCAAACAUUUAAUCUGGCUCACACAACUCAAAGGAGGACUGAUGAAGAGAGGAGGGUUCAUUUUGAACUUGUGGAUUUGGAAACUGCUGAAGCUAUUUUUUAUAAACAGAAAGCUAAAGCACAUUGGCUUAGAGAUGGAGAUUUGAAUACAAAAUUCUUUCAUCACAAAGUUCAAGCUAAUAAGAAAAGGAACACUAUUAGAGUUAUCAAAAGUGAGGAUGAGCAGUUGUUUGAAUCUUUUAAAGAUAUGGCUGCUGAGCUAUGCUCUGCUAGAAAUUUGAAGGACUUGAUUAAUGUUUGUCUGUCGGAUGGUGCAGAUGUAUAUCUUACUAAGGAGGUGAGUGAUGUGGAGAUCAAAGAGGCUCUCUUUAGAAAAGGGAAUGAUAAAAGCCCAGGUCCUAAUGGCUACACUAUUGGCUUCUUCAAAGCUGCCUGGAGCAUUGUGGGUAGUGAUUUCACUUCUGCUGUGAGGUAUUUCUUCCAAACUUCCUAUUUACUGCCUGCCUUCAAUUCCACAGCCUUAGUUUUGGUCCCUAAAUUCCCAAAUGCUACCUUAGCAAAGGAAUUUAGACCUAUUUCUUGCUGCUCAGUUGUAUACAAAACUAUUACUAGAAUUCUUGUUGAUAGACUUACUACUUACUUCCCUGGACUGAUUUCCCACAAUCAAUCAGCUUUUGUCAAGGGUAGAAAUAUAGUUGACAAUACCCUGUUAGCUCAGGAGAUAGUGAAGGGAUAUUCUAAGAAAAAUCUUUCUCCUAGAUGUACUGUAAAAAUUGACUUGCAAAAGGCUUUUGAUUCUGUUAACUGGGACUUUUUGUUGUCUGUUCUUGGGGCAAUGGGGCUACCUGAUUUUAGUGGGUAUUUUAAAGGGGCAAGGGGGAUUAGGCAAAGGGAUUCUCUAUCCCCUUGUCUUUUUGUUAUUGUGAUUAAUGUCCUAUCCUCCCUGUUGAAUGCUGCUGCCAAGAGAGGAAUUUUUAGAUACCAUCCCAAAUGCAAGAGAGUUUCUCUCACUCAUCUUUGCUUUGCGGAUGAUCUAUUAGUUUUUUGCCAUGGAUCUCUUGAGUCUGUGUUGGGAGUGCAGAGUACUUUAGAGGUUUUCUACGAGCUAUCAGGAUUAAAGUUGAAUGCAUUGAAGACAGAUUUUUUUGUCUGUGGCUUAAAUACAAACACUCUUGAUCUGAUUCAUCAAGCUACUGGGUUUAAGAUAGCACAGCUCCCUGUCAGGUAUCUUGAAGUACCCCUUGUUACUCGCAAUCUCACAGGGAAGGACUGUUCUGCUCUUUUGGAACGAAUUAAAGGUAAACUAGCUCAAUGGUCCAGCAAAAAGCUCAGCUUUGGGGGAAGACUACAGUUGAAAGGUUGUGAUGCCCCAGCCAGAGGUGCUCGUGUAAGCUGGAGCCAGGUUUGCUCUCCUAAGUCUGAGAGUGGUCUGGGUCUAAAGAGUCUUGCACUUUGGAGUAAGGCUUGCUGCCUACUGCUCAUUAAAAAUAUUUUAGCAAAUGAUGGCUUACUCUGGAUUGCAUGGUUACGUGCAUACUGCCUCAAAGUUGUUAGUUUCUGGGAAGUUGAGUACAAGGCCUGCUUUAGCUGGAUUUUUAAAAAGUUGUUGAAGCUUCGUGAGGAGGCUAGGAAUCUGUUCCUUCCUUGUUCCAAUUGGAACCUGAUUAAGGGUAAAUGGAUUUGGGAUCAGAACAGAGUUCGUGCAGAAAAAGUUAGUUGGCACAGGAUCAUUUGGUUUCCUGCUCAUAUACUGAAAUUCUCCCUUAUUGUUUGGAUGGCCACCCUUGAUAGACUACCUACGAGGGAUAGGCUGAUUCGGUUUGGUUUAGUCUUGGAUAAUGGUUGUGUUCUGUGUGGGUCUGGGAUUGAGUCCUGUGAUCAUCUCUUUGCAGAUUGCUCCUUUACUUAG